AUGCAAGAGUCGAGAGACCAGUACUUCGGCACAACUUAUGGCUCGAGUGGAGGCAUAACUGGUUUAGUGAACAACACAAUGCCAUCGCAAGCACUUCCAUCACUCAUAUCACCCGGACUACAGUCACUGUAUGAGACCUGUUUGAGGGUAUAUCCCAAUCAAACCAAUCCAUUGCAAGUGACAGCUGUUCUUAAGUUGGGCGGACCCGACCCUCUGGACUACAUCUCGAUGUAUGCCAACUCGGGUGACCCGGCUCUCAAUGUGCCCCCGCAUUGGCAUUACAUUAGCUUUGGGUUGAGUGAUCUUCACGGCGAUGGAAGGGUUCACGAAAUAACUGGAUCUCAAACUCCGAGUGGUUUUGGCUUUGAGUUGACGUUCCGUCUGAAGCGCGAACCCGAAGAGAUGAGUCCUCCGACAUGGCCGGCGGCGGUGAUGCAGGCGCUCGCGAAGUAUGUCUUCCAGUCGGACAACCUGUUGUGCGGCGGGGAUCACGUGUCGUGGCACUGCCCUCUCGACAACAGUGAGUCCCGAAUACAACACAUGCUUAUGACAGAAGACCCACAGUUGCCACAGACUGUCACUCCCUUCGGUUCCGUCACUUUCAUCCAAAUAGUAGGCGUCUGUUUAGAGGAACUACAGGCCGCUCAGCAGUGGAACGGACCGGGAGUUAUAGACUUAAUGCGAUCGGUUGCCGGUGCGGGCGGGCAGUGGUUAGUGACAGACAUGCGAAGAGGAGAGACAAUCUUCGAACUCGAGCCCGAACUCCAAGAGGCGGUCGACGACGGCAUCGCCACUCAGGGCUCCAAUUUGAGUGGAGUUAGCGCGAGAUGUGAUUGGAGUCAGGACUCGGUCUCCAGUGAUGACAAACAUAGCAGUGAACCCGACAACGAAGACAACGACUCGGACUCUAAUAAUGAGAAUAAUGAGAAGAUCAUGAAUGGCGAACACAACAAACGGAACGGUAUGUCUUCCGCGGCUCACAAAUACCCUCAAAGCAGAAACAGUUGCAGUUCUGCGAUGUCUGUCUCCCACGACCAGCAAAAUCAAUGCAAUUCGAGAAUGUCUUUCGCCAGUGAAACGGGUGCUCCAGAGCCGGGAGAACUCAUUCAAACCCAAUAUCUUAAACGAUUAAACUUAAGGUUCAAUUUAGAGGCCGGACUUCUGUUGCCAUUAGCCUUGCGGGGUCGACUCAAACACGACAGACAUUUCACGUUUAAGAGCAUAGUUGGGGACUUAGCCAUAACUUUGGUGACGCCAUCGGUUUCGGGAUCUUUCGUCUCAUUGAGCCAAAGAUAUGCUAUCCGCGGGCCAUGGCUUCAAGUGCUCAUUCCUAAUGACUAUAUCGAUCGCAUGUUAUUAGAUUUGGAUGAGUUGUCCCAAAACGAUAUGACGGAUCUGCCGAAAACGUUUGAGUGGACAGACAUGAAACUGUCCAUCACUUUAGUGCCUGAAGAGACCUAA